GGAGAAAGCAAGGGACAAGCAAGACUGGCCAUCACCCUUUCACUAGGGUACUCAAUUGGGUUUGUGCAAGUAUUCCCGCAAUUUCCCGAAGAUUACCCGCAACUUAUCCCUGUGAGAAACUGCUUAAUUGAUUCAUUUCAAUCUGGCCUAUGAUAGCAUAAACUCUGUAGGAGUCAGAAGCUCUGGUAAAUUUCCAUUUCUUUAGUCUUUAACUGCACUCUCCUCCCAUAAGCUCGAUGGGAAGAAUCUUCUCUUUUUCAGGGGCUUGUUCAGUAGUGGGUGAGUGGUUUUUUUGAGGAAGUUUGGGCUUGAACUGAUAUAUUGUAAAGACGUAGUUUCUCAUCGUCCUUGGUACUGCUGGCGAUUUGAGAUUAUUCCCGUUUAACUGUGGACGAUUUUUAUCAACCAGCGAAUAACUUUUUAAUUUUUUUUUCCAUGAGAAGAUUUAGCACUGAAGUCUUCAAAUUUCCACAGCUAAACAAAGGUUCACAGCCCGUGGGUUCACGCUUUCUUAUAAUUAUAUACACGGUUGUAAAUCACGUGGGUGAUCUUUCGAUUCUCAUUGGCUUCUUUCAAGACUGAGAGACAGAGAAUACAGUACUCAGAAUAAUUGACAAUUUCACGUCUUUUUUUGAUCAGUAUGAUUCGUUUCCUCACCUUGUGCUUUAUUUUAUUGUUGAUGGUGCUCCAGGGUAAGCAAACUUGCAUGAUUUGUCUCUAAAUUUAUCUCAAUAAGAGGACUCAAGAUCGUAGUCAAGCGUUUGCAGUGUGUUUGUCGUUCGUUCGUUCGUUCAUCCCGCAAGCGGAAUGGAAUGAUUUCUUCGGCCAAAUUAGAGAUCGAUUUGGCUUUGUUGAGGGUUUCUUUAACUGAUUUGGAAGCUAUCUAGCCUAUUUACCAAAUGCAUCUUAGAUUAAAAUUGAUUGAAUUGUACACAAGGCAUUUGACUGAUUUCGCUCAUGAGAAACCGAACAUGGUUUACUCGUUUGUGGCUGGGCGUGCUGUUUAGUCAGCAAUCUUGCAGCUCAGUUUCUCAUUUCCUCACUUUCAUGACAAGAUCGAAAAGGAGAUCGUAUUGUAAAAACUAAUCAAAAUGUUAACAGCAACGAGGUAAUUUUCGUUAAAAAGGUCGUGCUUGUUCAUCGUAGUAAUUUAUUAUUAUUAUUAUUAUUAUUAUUAUAAUAAUUAUCAAGGUGGUAUAUCUUUUACUCUUUUCAGCUGCAGGCAAUACAAAUCAGAGCAACACAGGAGCAGAUCAACACAAUGCACAUCCAUGUGGUGAGUGAUGCACCUGUAGUAAACUUUAUUUGAACAACAUCAUAACAGUUUGUCAAAUUAACAUUAUUUCUAAAGUUGGUACACUAUGCUACUUGUAGGUCUAAGAUGUUCCACAAUGUGGGCAUUUACAUUUGAAAGGAAUGCUCUCUGAAAAAACUAUUGUGUUUACAUCUUCAUAAUGCAUAUUUUUUGCCUCUCGAGUCAAUUGGUGUUUACCCUUUAAUUCCCAAGAUCACAUUAGUAAUUUUCCUUACUGUCUGCCAAAUGAAGAAGCUAAGAUGUGCAUUCCUUAAUUCUGUGUGAGAAUUUCCACUAUGGAAAAUGUUCAAUGCAAGUAUAAAGGGAACAAGGAGUUAAUCAUAAUUGGAAGGUCAAUUAAUUAGUUAGGUACUUACUGGUAACUAAAACAGCAGUUAAUCAGAAACCUGAGAUGAGUGAGAAAUAAUGGCUUCAGCAUGAGAGCAUAAGAUUGAAUUUGUUCGAGUGUCUCAGUCUCACACUCAAUACAUGAGACUUGGAGCUCUGAUGUAGGCACUCUGUGGUUUCUUGAGAGGACUCAUUAUGAGUAAGUAGACAAAGACUUUGGCAAAUGGUUGAUUUACUUGCCCCUGAAAAAUUGUUUGCACAAUCUCUUUCUACUUUUUUUAUGAUUUUUGGGGUUGAAAGUUAGUAUGAUUGUGAGCUUAGUAAAAGGUUGACAGUACUUAUCACUCCACUGUUGAGUUAAAAAUGGACUUCAAAAUACUUAAAAAUUAUCCCAAUGGUCAGGUUUAUUGAGAGGAUACUAUAUUCUAACUAAUUAAUUUAUCAGGAAUGUGGAUUAUUUUAAAAGGAUUGAUGAAAUUAUGUUUUAAAAAAGAAUAUGUAUUUUUUUUAUCUUCUUUAGUUUCCAAAAAACACAUCUAUGUUAAAGAGGGACAAUCAGCCCAAAUGGCAUGGAAUAGAACAUCUGGUGGUGAACGUGGCAACCGCCUUACAGUAAAUUCACAAGUCAUUGCAUCAUUGCCCAGACAUUCCCUAAACAUGAGUUGCAGUGCAUAUAUAAAAGAUCCAAGUCUGGAGGAAUUGUGCCACAAGAGAUUAGAAUUCUUCAGCAACACAACAACUAUUCUUGUAAAGUUAAGAAAUCUCUCUAGAGAUGAACAUUGGAAUUUCACUCUGACACAUGCGUUGGGGGGCUUAUCACCAUGUAGUCCUCAAGAAAUCAAAAUUGUAAGAGGUAGGUGACUGAAAAUUUAGUGGAAAGUGAUGAUAACAGCCUUGGUUAUGAAUUAAAGACAUAAAUUUGUACUAUGGAUGGUCAUGCAAUAUCAGCGUGUACACUCGUAGGUCCUUCAUUUGUGAGCUGAUCCCUUAACUUUGCUUUCAUCUGCUUCAUUUUCAUUGUCAGUUAUUGAUUUAAGUAAAAGAUGAGACUAAAGAGAAAAACCUGGUCCACCCUGAUGCCAGCUAAUUUUCUUUGAUAAUCUGCUUCUACAGAAGAGUAUUAUUGUUUUUUCUAUCCCUUCACCUCUGCUUUUUCCCAUGAAAAUUUUGAUUAUAAUGAAGUGCAGAUGGGAACAUCAAAAAGGGUUGGGUGUCAGGAAGCAGAUAAGUCUGCUUUUAAAAUAGGUUACUUUAGAUUACUUGCAGAUCAUAAUGUACAAAAUCUUGACACUUUUCCACCUAAACUGAGUUUGUUAUUAUAUGCUUGUUUCUUUGAUUUUUCUCGCAGUCAUCGUACCUUCCCCUGUAGUGUUAAGUACUGUAUCAGCAGUUGCUAACAAUACUGUUAGGACACCAAUCUCAGGUAUGCUAAAAUCUUUUUGUUUCAAAAAAUAUCAGGAGGGAUCACCAUAUGGGCUCUCCUCACAAUUAAAAAAAAAAGGGGCAAUGGCAUAUUGGUAACUUUAAUUCUCAUGACAAACAAAUUAUAGCCUUGUAAGGAAAUGAGAGUCAGCAAAUUUUUGUACUUUUCUUAUUUUCCUCCACUCCAGUAUAUUUAAAUAAUUUGUAUAAUACAAGUUAUCUAUGAGAAAAAAGUUUGGCCUUAACUUCAAGUAAUCAGAGAGGAGAGGAUAGGGGCACAUCUAGGGGUAGUGCUUAUUGAUUAUUAAUGGCAAAAAAUACAAGGGAAGAAAUAGUGAAAAAGAAAUACAGUUGUGAUUACCUGCAUUUUUUGAUAAUCCAGACUUGCCCCUCAUGGUCUCAUUUUUUCUUGAAUAUUAAUUGGUCACACUGGAGAUCUGUAACCACAUUUUUCCCAUCAAACAAAGCAUUUGUCAAACAAUUUGACUCUAUUCUUUAAAUCAGUGCAACUUCAAAGAAUGAUAGAAUUAGUUAGUUAGUGUAAUUAACAGGAUUGUUGGGGAUUACUCUCUAAGGUUUAAAGUCCUCUUUGUUAUCUGUUGUAUGGAAAUUUGCAUAACCAGACCAGACCUCUUAACCCAGAGUAUGCUGAACUCCAGGUUGAGAGGUCUGGGUUUGAAGCCUGGUUGGUCAUUGUGUUGUGUUCUUGGGCAAAUUGCCCAAGAACACAAAACACUUCACUAUAGUAUCUAGUGUGUCCACCCAUCCAGGAGUAUAAAUGGUUACAUUCAAACCUUGAUUCUUCAGACCUUGAUAAUCCAGGUUUUUAAUUAGUCCAGACUUGCUUCUCAUGCUCCCAUUUUUUCUUGAAUAUUUGUUGGUCACAUUGGAGAUCUGUAACCACUUUUUCCAAUGAAACAAAGCAGUUGUGCUGAAACAAUUUGACUCUGUUGUAUAAAUUAGUGCAUCUUUUAAGAAUGAUAGAAUUAGUUAGUUAGUGUAAUAAACAAGAUUGUUAGAGGUUACUCUUAAAGGUUUAAAGUCCUCUUUGUUAUAUCUGUUGUAUGAACAUUUACAUAUUUAACCAAAAACCCCAAGAAUUAAUAAUAUUUUUUCCUUAAAUAUAUCUGAUCAAUUUCUUUUUUCUUGUUUAAUGGAAACAACAAUUUUAGUUAGGCCUACUUCAAGUGUUGACAUUAACAUUCUGUCUGGAAGCUUAACAACCUUAGGUAGAGUUCAUUGCAAAUUUAAUUUAGUCAUUGGGUUAAAUAACAGGCCUGCUAUCAGUACCCUUUUAAUUAUCCUUCUUAGAAUGUUUAAUCUUUUCCAUGUAACUGAGAUUUUUUUUGUGAGUGUUGUUUAUUUUUCUUACAGUGGUUCCACCCCCAAUAAGCACUACCUUAACUGGUUCAUCUUCAAGUGUUCAAAACACUGCCAGGCCACCAACUACAGGUCUGGUAAAAUUAUGUUUAGUAGAUUUAAUGUUCAUCACAACCUCUGACUAGAAGGGUAAUGAGAAUUGUCGACUGGGAAAUUAUCAACCCAAGAAUUUGAAUGAUGAUUCAAAAGAAACAUGUGGGAGAUGGGGUGGGGUAUCAGUGUUAGAACAUUGAACUCCAGGUUGAGAGGUCUGGGUUUGAAGCCUAAUUGGUCAUUGUGUUGUGUUCAUGUGCAAUUCAAUUUAUCCAAUUAGGCUUGACUGUAAUGGAAUAAUUUGUUACUAAUAAAAUUCUGGGGGGUUACACUGCAAUGAACUUUAAUUUCUCCCCUAUUUUAAAAGAUUGUCUAAAAGUGUUUAAAUAAUCCUGAAAAUAAUCCCAUGAACGUGUAACUAAGUUGUUUUUUCAUGUCAUUUCUUAUUUUUAGGAACAGGCAACAGAUAUGAGGCUAUCAUAUCUGUUCCCAUUGUGGUUCUUGCAGUAUUAAUAGCAUUACUGUCUUGA